UAUACGGGUCAGAUCUGGUAUUCUUGGCGACCAGUCUCGCUCUCUUCACUGUAUACGUCGACCGCCACCACCCUCUCGCACUCAACUGAUUCAUCCACCAUACGGGUGACACAAAAUCCAAGAUGUCUAGCAACUCCAACACCCGUCAAGCUACGGCUACGGCUACUGGCACGAACACCGUGUCGAUUCCUCAGACGGCUGCUGCUGGAGGAUUGACCAUGACCCAACCUCCUGCAAGUGCAUCGGCUUCGUACUACAAGAUUGCCGCCUCGAACUACGUUACCUUCGGUUGGAACCUGACCAGUCUCUACGUCACCCCUACCUCCUUGACCGUCGUCGCCUCCUGUUCGCAGAACGGGAACACCUACCCGGUCGGUCCUACCAACGCUGCUGGAGAAGUCGAGAACGUCAUCCCGGGAUCCUCGACCCAAGUCAUCUGGUCUCCCUUUGAAUACGAGCAGAACGGGGCGAACGUACCGCUUGCGGCGGCCACGUAUAGGUUGCAGAUCUACGACGAGAGGGGACCGACCGCUGCUCAGGCUGGGGGCAGGUUUAGUCCGUAUUCGGGGAUGGAGUUUGCGCUGUAUCGACCGCAGGCUUAUACGCCGUUGCCCGAGUGGAACUGCGUCAACUGCAACUCGGCUACCAAACUCGCCAUGAAUCCGAUGGCUCUCAUGCUGUUCACCUCGCUCAUCAUGCUCGUCAGCGGAUGGGGCUUGAUUGGAGGAGCCGGACGUUGGAAUCGAGCAUAGGAGGAUCAGACAGUGGCAUCCUCCCUCGAAAGACAGACGCUGUCGAUACCCAUCACAGAUGACCCCUCCCCGAACUAACGACUCUUACGACGACCCACUACACGCCCUGUUCUGAUCCGACCUUGGGGAUCAUGCUUUGCGGACACUAUCGGCAUCGAACGCAC